GGAAGCAAUAAAUAACACGCCAUGCCCGGGUUCACGUGCUGCGUGCCGGGCUGCUACAACAACUCGCACCGGGACAAGGCGCUCCAUUUCUACACUUUCCCGAAGGACGCGGAGCUGCGCCGCCUGUGGCUGAAGAACGUGUCGCGGGCCGGCGUGAGCGGCUGCUUCAGCACUUUCCAGCCCACCACCGGCCACCGCGUCUGCUCCGAGCACUUCCCGGGCGGCCGCAAGUCCUACCUGGUGCGGGUGCCCACCAUCUUCCCCCUCCGGGGGGUCAACGAGCGCAAGGGGGCCCGGGGGGCUCGCCGCGCCCGCCACGCCCCCCAGCAGCAAGCCGCUGCCGCCGCCCAGCCCGCCGUGCUGCUCACCCUGCAGCAAGAGGGCGCCGUCGAGCCGGGAGGCCAAGCGCCCCGCGCCGGGGGAGGACCCGAGGACGUCAAGCCCAUCGACCUGACCGUGCAGGUGGAGCUGGGGGACCCCGACGCCGCCGGGGCGGUGGGCACCCCCGUCCGGCUGGCCUUGCUGGCCGGCAACGGGCCCCUGGCCGACGGCCCGCCGGACCACUCCUACUCGCUGUCGUCGGGCACCACCUCGGAGGAGCUGCUGCGCAAGCUGAACGAGCAGCGGGACAUCAUCGCCCUGCUGGAGGUGAAGAUGAAGGAGAUGAAGGGCAGCAUCCGCCGCCUGCGCCUGGCCGAGGCCCAGCUCCGCGAGGAGAUCCGGGAGAAGGACCGCCAGCUGCAUGCCGCCAGCGCCACGGGGGGAGCUCGCAAGCGCCAUGGCCUCUGAGGGCGGGCCGGACAUUUCCUCUCCCUCCAACACAUG